CAAGAAUUAUACAUUGUUAGGAUCGCCAUUAGAGAAUCCGAUAAUGGUGCCCUUUCGUGUUAUAUCGUGUCUUUGUCACAUAUCUCUGUAAUACCACCUGUCUAAUCACCGUGUUCCCGAAAGAACGCGCCCCGCCUAUAGGACCUUCUGGUCCCCUCAUCUCCCACUUCGUCCACAUCAACUAGUAUGCAACAUGACGGCCGAAAUCCUAUCCUCCAAUGUUAUGAACUAUCUGGUUUGGCGGUACCUCCAAGAAUCCGGUUUGUUCUUAUCCUUUGGGAUAUCAAGGGUCGAGCUAACCAUCCACCCAGGAUAUGAUAGUGCCGCCAUUCAGCUGUCGCGUGCAUGGUGCCAACAUCCCGACAGCCUUCCGUUCGCGUCGAAUAUCAAGUCGCACUGCCUGAUCAACCUCGUCCAAGAUGGGUUAUGGCUUGAUCAUCUCAAGGCAAAGGUCCAAAAGGUAUCGCCAUCCUUAGUUUCCGAUUCUGGUAUAGGACUAACUGUUGGCAAGACCGAAAGACGAUACAUCUUUGGCGAAGACCACGGACCGCGAUUUGCAGUGCGGACAAGCAGUCGAAGCGGAAGCGAAAGUCUAGAGCAGAGAAAAUCCAGAACCGCGCAGCGGGGCGACUCCGAAACAAAUGGCCUCGCUGCCGACUUGUCGCAAGUCCCAGGGAAGGGAAAGAGAAGUUAUGGUACCGACCGUCGCAGCAAUGGCGAUGCGAUGGAAAUCGAUACGAACGGUGUUCGAGAAUAUAGUGGUCCGGAGAGAGAGUCUCCCGCGGCUGAACAGGUGCCAUCGACGAUGGAAGUCGGCGACAGCGUUGCCCUUCAAAGCGACAAGCCAGUUGAUUUGACGCAAACAACAACGUUUCUCUAUUCGAAUAGCGCCGACUCGACCGGGGCGAAUGGUGAGGACACUCCAUUCAUGCAGACCAGUUGGAGCUUGGUGGAACCGAAGUUGCUCACCGCUGCUGUCGAGAACUCUAUUCGAUAUUACGUGAUGGAUGGAAAACUUCCAGACUCGGCUCCGUCAACCUGCUCAAUAUCCCUUGAGCAACCAGUUUCACCCGCACCAUUUCAGAUCGAGAACGUAUGCUGGACCCAAGCAGGAGAUGCGUUCAUUACCGGGAAUGAAGAACUCGGUGCUACAAUGGUCGUAGGGAAGCUAUUCCAUCUCGAUCAAGCAUCCCAGGAAGUCAAUCUGAUAUCACCAUCGGUGGGCACCGUCAUGGCGCUGCGCUGGAACGAAAAGUGCCAGCAAUUGCUCGUCGUGUCAACAAGCGAUGUCUCCGGCGCGAUCCGAAUAUGGGACACACAAAAUGCCGAUCCUCGCUGGAUGGUUCACUCGCCAACGACGGUUAUGGACGCAGUAUGGCUAUCAGAUACCAAGUUUGCUGUUUGCGGAGAGGGAUUCAUCGCAUUCUAUGACACGACCUCGGAUCCUGCUGUGCAAAUGGAAAUCAGCACCGACAUCGCAUGGGAAUCGCUAAAAUUCGAUCCGAUCUGCGAAUUAUUGGCAUGCGUAUCUGAAGGCGGCAGGCACCUAGGGAUUGUUUCUGAAGGCAAAAACCUGGUUGUUCACAACACCCAAGAAGACCAAAUCACGAUCGCCGAGUUCCAACCGAUCCCGAAUCCUUCGUUAGUUACAGCUACAUCACCAAGACUGCUUGCCACGGCAUCCUCAACCGGUAUUGUCGAGGUCAUGAAUGCUAGGGCUCCAUUCGAAGUCAUACAUCGAUUCUUCAUGGGCGGGUUUCCAGCCUACUCUAUGGCGUUUUCCCCAGAUGGAUUUCUUCUUGCCGCAGCGGGUCAGGAAGCCCUUCUCGUAUGGAAUCCAGAAGCGGGCGGCCUGCCGAAGGCGAUCUGGAAGUGGCCUCAAGGAGACAGGGCCUGGGCCACGGAGUCGAAUGGCAGCACCGAAGUGGAUGAAGCGCAGAGUAGUUUGUGUUGGGACGUGGACGGAAAAAAGAUUGCUUAUACCUUGGGACACCAGAUUGCUGUGAUUGACUUUAGGUGAACCGCUCUGUUUCUAAGCUACGGAUUGUUGUAGGAUACCCUCGCUGCUCCGGCGAGCAGCCUUCGAUGCUGGCUGGGGGUCACUCCCAGAUAACGGCAUCAUAAGCAAUUCCUGGGGGCGUACGGGCG